AUGAGCUCCGACAACGUUCCGGCCACGCCGGACGAGGCGUCCGAACACCGGGAUUUGUCCACGCCUGCGUCUCCAGGCUCUGACGGAUCGUCCGAACCUAGCACGCCGCUCGAAGCCCCGGACAGCCCUGACAACUUUCCCAAGCGAGUCCCCUCGUUGCGAUCCGUUUCCGAUCCCCGCAACAUGAACCCCAACUCUACCGCCCUUGGGCUGCUGGGUAUGGCCAGAAACCCUGUGCAACACUCGUCUAGCUUCGCGGGCAGUGCCGGCGCCACCAUGGAUAACAGCAUUAUGGCCAAGGCACGAGCACUGCACCAGCAGCGACUACAGAAGGGCAUGUCUCCCGUGAGCCCUCCCUCGCCCGGGGGACAGUCCCCGGCAGGAGGCAUGGCUAACGGCUUCCCGCCGAAUGUGCGCAUCCCCCAAAAUAUGCAACGGCCCAACCCCAUGCACCCGAAAUCCGCCCCCGCGGUACCAAAGUCGUCACUGAGUGAGAGGAGGGCGAAGAUGGGCGGCAUGGGCGGUAUGGGCGGCAUGGGUGGGAUGGGCAUGAAGCUGUCAGAUAUGGGAGGCAGCACCCCUUCUCCUACCGGAAUGCGACGACCAGGCGGUCUCAAGCUCUCAGACAUGGGAGGAGACAAGCCCGAACAGAAAAAUCCAAACGGAUCCGGCCAUGGUUCGAAGAUGGAUGACUUCAAAAAGUACAUUGACACGGACAAGGGCUGGGUCACAUUCGACGGCGCGGCCACCAUUACCAGGACAGGAGUCAACUUCGCCAACGGCCAGACGUUCAGCAUCUCCCUCGACGAAGUGGAAGUGCUAUGCGAGCUAGGAAAGGGCAACUAUGGAACAGUCUACAAAGUCAAGCACGCAAAGCGGAGAGCCCCCCGGUUUGGUCAAGGCCUGGGGGGAAAGCCCAUGCCGAUCCAGCAAAGCCGAUCCGAUCCCUCUCCAGUUAGGCCUACGGAGGACUCGACGGAGAGCUCGACCGGAAAUGAGGACGGCACUUCGGGUGUAAUCAUGGCCAUGAAGGAGAUGCGCUUGGAGCUUGACGAUGCCAAGUUCACAACCAUUCUCAAGGAGCUAGUCAUCUUGCACGAGUGUGUAUCACCCUAUAUCAUCGACUUCUAUGGUGCCUUUUUCCAGGAAGGCGCCGUCUACAUCUGCAUCGAACACAUGGACGGCGGUUCUAUCGACAAGCUAUACAGUGGCGGCAUCCCGGAAAAUGUGUUGCGAAAGAUUACAUACUCGACAGUCAUGGGGCUCAAGUCACUCAAGGAGGAGCAUAGCAUUAUCCACCGCGAUGUCAAGCCAACAAACAUUCUGAUCAACACCCGCGGCCAGAUCAAGAUCUGUGACUUUGGUGUCAGCGGCAACCUCGUUGCCAGCAAAGCCAGGACAAACAUUGGAUGCCAGAGCUACAUGGCACCUGAGAGAAUCUCGGGUGGUGGAUUCGCACCAGCCGGCAACAGUGAUGGGUCGUACAGCGUUCAAAGCGACGUAUGGAGCCUGGGGCUUACAAUUAUCGAAUGUGCUAAGGGCGCAUACCCCUAUCCUCCCGAGGUGUCCUCCACCAUCUUCAGUCAAUUGAGCGCAAUUGUCGAAGGAGACGCACCCUCCAUGCCCGACAAAGGCUACUCAGAUGCCUCCAAAGACUUCGUCAAGGCGUGCCUGCACAAAAUCCCCAUGAAGCGACCAACAUACGCCAUGCUCCUGAAGCACCCCUGGCUUAUCGAGUUCACCAAGCCUCAGACCAUCACCGAGGAGGUCGAAGAGGGCGAGGAAGCCGAAAAGGUCGCUGAGGCUGUCGGCAAGAUGGAUCUGGGCUCAACCACUGAGGAUCCCGAGGUGGCUGAGUGGGUCAAUGCUGUGCUGAAGCGCAAGGAAGACGGCCUUGAUAAGAGCGGCCCAUCCCAGCCAGCAUUGCACGCCGCACCGCUCGAUAGCGUCAGCCCCAUCGGGAGCCCGCUCGUCGGGGCGGGGCCGAUAACAUUUUAA